AUGUUCAGUGCUUGGGAUCGCCGGGACCGCCCCUCCGAGGAGAGGGCAGCUGCAGAACUCCAGGGCUUCGCUGUGGACAAGACCUUCCUGUCUUCCUUCAAAGGCAUCCUGCUGGAAACUGAGCUGGCCCUGACCUUCAUCAUCUUCAUUUGCUUCACGGCUUCCAUCUCUGCCUACAUGGCCGCGGCGCUGCUGGAGUUCUUCAUCACGCUAGCCUUCUUCUUCCUCUAUGCUACCCAGUACUAUCAGCGCUUCGAUCAGCUUAACUGGCCUUGUCUGGUUUUUGGCAUCAUCCUGGUUUCUGUCUUUGCCUAUGAUGCUUUCAAGAUCUACCAGACUGAGAUGGCACCCAGGGCCACCCAAGGGGAUCAGCAGUGA